AUGUCCAACCGAAAGAAAAAAGUAUAUUCAUGCGGGCCGUGCAAAAAGCUAAAAGCUAAGUGUAAUCGAUCACUUCCAUGCGAAAGAUGCAUCCGAAAUAAUAGAGAAGAGAGUUGUUACCUGCAACCACCUCGUUUAUACGAUAAAUUCAAACAACUAAGUCUUCCUGACAUUAAUUUCCACUGUGCCAGAAAUAAUGACACACAGAACUUAAAGCAAACAAAUCACGGCUUAAAAGAGUCUAAAUACUUCCCGAAAGGGGAUGAUCUAGGUACCUUGAUCUCUGAAUUAAAACCACAACACAAGCAGGAACAACUAGUGAGCUCAGAAAAUAUAGGUACCGAAAGAUCACGAUUCGUUAGCUCUACAGGAAAACCGAAAAAUAACACAUGUGGUUCACCUAUUGAGAAAUCUAAACUCUUUUGGGAUUUUCAUCUACCGAUCUGUGUUGAAAGACUCCUGGGGAUUUAUCAUGAAUCUGAACUUAAAUUCCUUCGUAAAAAGAAUGUUUUUUCAAUGGCUGAUUUAUUAGAUAGGAGUACAGAUAAUACUAAUAUUGAUUUCAAUAUAUUGAAGUCAGAUAUAGUUCAGUUAUUACCGACGAAGGAAGCAGCUAUAGCAUUGAAGAAUUACUAUUUACAAUUCGUGGAUUAUAUUUAUCAUCCAAUACAUCAUCCUACGUUCAACAAAGAUUUUGAAAAAUUCUAUAUGGACUUAGAAAAUCAAAGCCAUGAAAAAAUUGAUCUAUUAUGGGUUUCUUUAUUACUCAUGGUUUUGACGCUAGCUUUGAUACACUUACCAAAAUCAUAUAGCACUACUGCUCCCUUCAGAGUUUUUUCUGAGGAGAUAGUUAUCAAGAAGACGGCUGAUGCAUGGUCAAAGGCAUCUAUAUGGCUAUAUGACAUCAGUAAAGAUGUUUUAACUCCUAGGCUAGAAGAAUUGCAACUUUUUUCUUUAUUACAACUAUAUUACUAUGCAACUAAGCAAUCGGAAGAAUUAAACACUUUCUUAGUUUUGAGUAUAAAUACUGCCUACACUUUGGGAUUGAACAAACCAUAUCUUAAAGCGAAGUCUCCUUUAGAGCAAGAGAUGAGAAGACGAUUAUGGUGGGAUAUAUGUGGAUGUGAUACGUUUUGUGCGUUAUGUAAUGGUAGGACUCCGAUGAUUAGGUCUUACAUAUCAAAGGUUCCUUUGCCUUCAAACGUGAAUGACAGAGACAUGGGAGAUUCAUUUAUAAUCUUUUCUGAAGACCACAUUCCAACCGACAACUCAUUCAAUAUUCACAGGGCCAAAAUGAUGAAAAUUUUGAAUGGAAUGUUUGAAAUUAAUCAACUUAAGGAUGUUACCAUUGAGGAUUAUGAAAAUAAUAAAGAGGUUUUAGAGGGUAUAAUAUCAAUAGAUAUAGAACUUUGUGACUAUGUUUCAAAUCUUCCUUGGUAUUUCAAGUUGGAUAAGGAUGGGAACUUACCUGAACAUACCACAGAUAAACUAAAGCUACAAAUCCACAUAUUGCAUACUUGUGUCUGUAUACAUAGAUUGCGACUUUUUCAAAACUACCUCACAUAUAAUAUUCCGAUUGCUUGGGAAGUAUGCAUCUCUACAGCGAAAGCCAUGUUCAUAAUUUAUAAAAAGUUGCGAGUGUUCUUCAAGUUCGGAGAUAAUACUUUAGAAUUAAACAAUGCGCUGAGAGAGCCAAUUGGAAAUACAAAUAAUUUCAAUAAAUUAUUCUUGACGCAGCUACAUCAAACCUUUACGGCUUCAGUAACACAAGCAAUGGUGUUGCUAAUGUUGACAAAGAAGAAGAAUCUAGCGAUCAGAAGAAUUAGUAAAGAAAAAAUUGAAGUGGCAUUAUUUCACGAUAUCAGUCUAUUUUUGGGGGAUCUUCAUUAUUUAAAUGAUCACGGAUCAAUUUUAAAGUCACCUAUUCUUGAGCAAAGUGUUAAAGGUUUAAAUUUGUUGAAGACGUUAUAUCUUGAUUUAAAUCCAGAUCUCAUGACCUCGUCAAUAGAUAGAAGUGACUAUGGGGCUAUUUCUGAUAUUUCAACAGUGUUUGGUGGUAAGGAAAGCACAGAAAAAUAUUUAAAGAAAUGCUCUGUUGAUUAUAUUGUCAAUCAACCAGACGAAAUCCAAGAUGUUGCCAUGAUACCAAAUUGCUAUAAUUCAACGUACAAUUUUAAUUUUUCCAAUCAAUUUGGAAUAAUUAUUACGAAAGAGGAUAAGUUGAUUGAUGAUUCGUUGGAAUAUUUCUUGAACGUCAUUGACAUGGAAAGAAUUUGUCAAAAUCAGAACCAAAGUGAUCGUGUCAUUCAGGAAUUACUAAACCAUUCUCAGGAACAGAUGAAAUAUGAUAACAAUAGUGCCAAUAACGAACAGAACGAGUUAUCCGGACUUUCAGGAGAAUUAAAGGAACGAAAUAUGGGUAGCAAUCAAAAAGAAACUUAUCCGCCUCUAAGAACUCUUUCUUCUCCUGUGGAUGAUUCAAAGACAAUAUAUGAUGAUUACAAUUUAACGUGGGAAAACAUAGAGGACAUAUUUUCAAGGGAAUGGAACACUACAUAUUUAGAUUGUUAUAAGCUUAGUUGA